CACCCCCUUCUUCUUCCCAUCUUUCUUUUUUCAACACACGAUUUUUCUCGUCACAACCCGCUCAGACUACACUUCCACACACCAUGGCUCCCUCUGCCCAGGACGACUCGGCGACCGCCACCUCCAUGGACCUCCCCAUCAUCGACCUCGACGUCUACCUCUCCAACGACCCCUCGUCCGCCGCCGUCAAGGCCGAAUGCAAAAAAGCCGCCGACGCUCUGAUCCAGUACGGCGCCCUGGUCUUGCACGACUCCCGCGUCGCCGCCAAGGAUAACGAAGAAUUCCUCGACCUGCUCGAGGACUACUUUGCCCAGCCCGAGGACGUGCUGCGCCGCGAUGAGCGCCCCGAGCUCAGUUACCAGAUUGGCGUGACGCUCGAAAACACAGAGAAGCCCAAGUGCGCGGUCGACGAGCCCUGCCUGGAUAUCAUUGCCCGACUGGCUCCGGACCAGCGCCCGCUGGACAUCUCUGCGCAUAGCCCGGAUCCCAAGUGCCGCUUCUUCUGGCGCAUGGUGGAGGCGCCGCCCUACGAGACGCAGUUCCCGGGCCUGAAUGCUGCCAAUAUUGUACCGGAGGCGGCUAACCUCAAGGAGCGCUGGACCCCGACGAUGGACCGCUGGGGCACAUGCAUGAAGUCUGCUGUCUCGUCGCUCUCUGAAAUGACCGCUCUUGGCCUCGACUUGCCAGCUACGUACUUUAGCGAGGCUGGCCGCUACGGCCCUCACCUGCUUGCCCCGACAGCCUCCGACCUCACCAAGUACGGCGCGCGCGACACCAUCCUGGCCGGCUUCCAUACUGACCUGAACUUCUUGACCAUUCACGGCCGCUCGCGAUACCCCGGGCUUAACAUCUGGGCGCGCAACACGGGCCGCCGCAUCCCGGUCCGCAUGCCUGCGGGCAACUACCUGCUCGUCCAGGCCGGUAAGCAGAUUGAGCACAUCACCGGCGGGCUGAUCAAGGCGGGCUUCCACGAGGUUGUGGUGAAUGAGAGAACACAGGAGGUCAUGGCGAAGCGCGCCGCGGAGCAGCCGGAGCGUCCGCAGAUUCGUAUCUCUAGCACGCUUUUCUGGCAUCUCAACUCGGAUUUUGAUCUGCAUGCUGUGCCGGAACUGGCGGCGCGUGCGAAGCAGCUGCGUAAGGAGAAGGAGAGUGCAGGUGAAGAUGAGGGCAGAGAGACGGAGUAUGCGCCUAUGAAGGUUGGCCAUCAGGUCGAAGGUGAACUGAAGCACAUUGCGCUUAUGGCUUCAUGAGCGAACGGGACAAAAAAUCGUAAAACAAGUUGGAAAUCUAUGACAGCAAAAAAAGAGAUAUAAAUUGACAAAGUAUUCAUGUACAUGAGACGCAGCUGUAGCAAAGUGAUACUAAGCAUACAUGGACAGAGCUAUAUACAAGAAAUAUGUGUGUUACGUGCCAAAGUAAAGCAAAGGGAAAUCAUCAUCAUCAUCAUAAAAAGGAACCAAGGCGAGUGGUCGUUUUAUUUCUUGGCAGCGGGCGAAUCGGGAAUCGUGGCAUCGGCAUCGCCGCGCUCAGAGCCGACAUCGACUUCCUUGGUGUGCUGCGUCUCGGGAACAACCACGUCCUCUCUCCAAAAGUCCUUCUUGCCGCGUGACAGGCGAACCAUCCAGGGCGGGAAGAAGCCGCCAGGGAUCUUCCAGGUCCAGCCCUCGCGCUCGUCGUAGUUGGGUGGCACAAUGCGGUCGCCUGAGAUCUUCUUAAGAACCCAGACGGAGCCGUUGAUGAUGAUGAAGGAAAAGACACCCGCAAUAAGACCGUUGGCAAUCGAGUAUGUAAACGGCAUAAUGGUCAGAGUGAGGAACGCGGGAACCGCAUCGCCCAGGUAGCGCCAGUUGAUGUCGGUCACGGCUGUGGCCAUCAUGGAGCCAACAAGGACGAGCACGCAACCAGUAGCCCAUGGUGGGAUGGAAGCAAAAAUGGGAGCAAAGAAGAUGCUGAUGAAGAAGCAGAUACCAGUGGACAUGGCAGUCAAGCCAGUCUUGCCGCCCUCAGAAAUACCCGCACCGGAUUCAACAAAUGCCGUGACAGGCGGGACACCAAAGACGGAUCCAAUGGAAAUGGAAAUGGCGUCUACCAUGUAUGCCAUGGAUGAGCCCUCAAAGUCUUGAGUGACGGGGUCCAUGAGUCCAGCGAAGCGUGCCAUGGAGUACAGUGUGCCGGUCGCAUCGAGAAUAUCGACAUACAGGAAAGUGAUGAGGGCGAGGCCGAACUGGCCGCCGUAGGAGCCAAUGUUCCAGUCCUGCACAUUGAGUGUGUUUUCAAUGGCGCGGAAGCUGACAACCUUGCGGAAAAAGUCAAACGAGUCGUCGCCGACAGUCGUGUACGGGAAGUACGUGACGGGUGUACCGCGGGGCCACGAUACAAUGCUGACAAGCAAGAUACCAGCAAUAAUGGCGCCCUUGACGCGGUACAUCAUCAGCAUGACGGUAAAGAUGCCGCCGCAAAAGAUGCCCACCCACAUCGAGGGGUAACGCAUCUUGUCCCACGACGGGCAAGUGCCGUCGGGCAGCAGGUUAGCGGGCGAGCAGCCACCAAGCUCGACAGGCGUAGCAGUGGCGCCAGUGACAAUGCCAAUACCGUUGCCAUACGUCAAGCCAAUGAGGGUGAGGUAGAGACCGAUGCCGACACCCGUGGCAAUCUUGAUGGCGCUGGGGAUGGCGCGCGCAAGCCAUUGGCGCAGACCGAGGACAGCCAGACCAAAGAAGAUGAAGCCUUCAACAAAGAUGGCCGUGAGGGCUGUCUUAUAGGGCACGGUGCCGCUGCCGUGGAAGCCAACGACGGUGUAGGAAAAGUAGGCGUUGAGACCCAUACCAGGAGCCAGACCAACAGGCAAAUUGGCGAGCAGGCCCAUGAAAAAAGUGGCCAUGGCGGAGAUGGCAGCAGUGGCGGUGACGAUGUCACGCUUAAUGUUUUGCGCGCAGAUGAGGUAGUCUUGGUCCUUUUUGCAGAUGGGGUCGUCCUUGGUGCCGGGGCAAACGCAGGUGCCACCCGUAUCGGAAACAAUGGCUGAGUUGACGGCGAGAAUGUAGGCCAUGGCAAAGAAGGUCGCGAGGCCGGCUCGGAUUUCGGUCGUGAAGCGGGAUCCCUUGCGUUCCUUGGGCUGUAAGACGGUUAGAAGCUGCUAUUUAUAAGAAGGUACUCUUUAUAGACUUACAUGACCACAUCCUUCAAGGCGGAACCAAGUGCCGACGGGGCUCUUAGCCACCUUGUUGUUGAGAUUCUCUGCCCAACCCAUGGUGUCGAUGGUGUUGGCGAAUCGUAGGAAGAGGAGGAAAUGCUUGUUUCUUGGCGGUGCUGACUUCAGGUCGACGUGGAUGAAGGAGUCGUAGAAGUAGCAGCGGCCGAAGCUAUGUCAAUAGCAAAACCAAGAAGAGUAGGCUCUUUGAAAUAAAAAGACACUGCCCACGAGGGACACCGUGUGUCACGGAAUGCGCAGGAGGGAUGCGCCGGAGCACGGAGCAAAGGAGAUUGUAAAGCGAGGACGGAGAAGAAACAGGAGAAGGACAAGCACAGCGUCUUGCAAGUUUCUCCAAUUUUUUUAUUCUUCGUCACUGGUAGACUCUGCGGGCUGCUGCUGUGCGAGGUGUACAGGGAAGGGCUUCGAGCGUUUUGUACUAGUAGCCGUCGUAGAGUUGCAGACAAGCCGUGUCGGACGGCGCCGGGAAAGUCAGGAAGCGCCUCUUGGGAGCAAUUGAUGCGGGGGAGGGUGACCGGAAGCAAAGGCGCAAAGAAGACUGGACGCCACGAGAAUGCGCUGAAGCUGAAGCUCGGUUACAAACUGGUGUGUGUGUGUUUGUAAGUUGAAGGGGCC